UUCGAAUCUUUCCUACUCAAUCUUGCGUGCCGUGCACUCUCACUUUCGUUCUUUUUACCUCGAAACCGAAUCUCCGAACUCUUUUUACAUCUUCGAUCGUUUGAACCUCAGUGUGCAGAAUGUUCACGCUCACCAAAUCCUUUGCGCUCCUCGCUACCAUUCUCAUUCACCUCCACACCUCUGCUGCUGCCCCCACGCAGGCACGUCAAGCUCCUCGUCCGAGCUCUCCGUCGGGUACAGGAUCGCAGUUCGCGAAUGCACCAGGAGGUCAAAGAGGUGCGGGAGGCGCGGGCACUGCGCCUACUGGCUCGAGCACACCGCAGGACGUCACCACCGGCACCGCUUGCGCUGUUUCUACUGCGACUAUCGAUACGUCUGGAACUACUCUCCCAGCUCCCUCUUUUGCUCCUUCCUUCAUUGGUUUGGGCGUCGGCACACAGAACUAUACCUGUGGUUCUGCAGGAACUUAUACGAGCACUGGUGCGCUCGCAGAAUUGUUUGACGUCUCGUGCCUAGUGGGUCAAUCCAGUUUCACUUCGCUUCAAUCUACGGCCUUCGCCGCCUGGAACUCCAGCACCUCCACCGCGGUUUCCUCCACUUCCGGCGUCCUCUCAUCCGCCAACGUUAUCUCCUCCCCAAUAACUCUCGGUCAGCACUACUUCAUCACCAACCCUGUCACCGGGUCCGGCCUUAGCCCCAAAUGGGACUUCACCUCCAACGCUCUGGCUGGUAAUGCUGAUGCGUUUGUUGUUGCGGCCAAAAUCGAUGAUGUCGCCGCACCGACGGGUAGUGCGGAUGUGGAUUGGCUCUAUUUGACCAACUUAACUGGUACAACUGGUACACUCGCAAAUGAGAUCUAUAGAAUCGACACGCAAGGUGGUCAGCCUCCUGCCUCAUGCACGUCAGGAACAGCAGAUAUCACUGUCAAGUACACAGCGAUGUAUUGGCUCACGGGAGGCUCGUUCUAGUCUCGGUCAAAGGGAGCUUCUAUUUAUGCGUAUAUACCCUGUAAAUCGUCGGGGAUACCCUUGAGUUGAUCAUUUGGUAGUUAUUAAUUAGUUGAAUGGGAAGAACUGGGGGAAUUGGGCUUACUUUUUUCUUUUGUGUUUGAAAGGAAGGUAUUAGGUUUAUUU